AAACCCCCAAAUCAUGCUAAAUAACUAAACUGCCCCUGAUGUUCUCUUUGGUCCCCGAGCCUGUACUCUUUGGCAGCUGCCACCUGCCUCACGCUCCCUCCGUCCCUCUAUCAAACAAGCAAAGCUUUCCCUUCCUAAUAUAGAAGAACUAAAUCCCUCAAUGGACUAAAUGGGGUUCAUUUUCAUCGCAUACUGAAUCGACUUAUUAAAAAUGGGAUUCCACUAAAGGCAGGGUUUUCCAGUUUCUGAGGUAGGUAAUCUAAAACCUUGACUCAGUUAAAAGUGCUAGAAGAGUCUUUGCCUUGUGUUCUUGUUUCACCCAUCACAAGUUAGUAUUUUUUUUAUUAUUAUUACCUAGUCUUCUACCUAAGCAAUCCUCUUACUUGUAAAUCUUAGUCAAGGUUAGAUUUUUGUCACACAUUAUUGGCUGAACUGAGCUGGGUUUGUUGAGGGUGCAAGAAAUAAUGUGCCCAUUGCUUGUUCUUUUUAACUUAUGAGCUGGGUUUAAUCUCAAAGGAAGCAAGAGAACAUGGUUUCCUGAGAUUCCAUAUAGGUGACUGGAGUUAGUUUGAUCCAAGAAGGUUGAAGGAACGGGUGUUCUAGCAUGUUCAUUUCCUAAAAUGUCUUGGAUACACUCCCAAAUCAGGAUAAAAAAUGGUCCUUUGAGUUACCAUCAUCACUCUCUACUCUCUUCUUAUUCCUCUCCUUCCUCCUCCCCUUCAUUGCCUUACAAUAGUGAUUACCAAAAGCAACUAAACCCUUCAUCAUCGUCAUCUUCAGCUAGUAAAAUAAGCCCAGCUGUUUUGUUCAUCAUAGUUGUUCUUGCUGUUAUAUUUUUCAUAUCUGGCCUUCUUCACUUGCUUGUUAGAUUUCUCAUGAAGCAAAGGUCUCCCUCAUCAGUAUCUGAAUCCAACAGAUACCCUGAAAUGUCAGGGUCUGAUGCUUUCCAAAGACAGUUACAACAACUCUUCCAUCUUCAUGAUUCAGGUCUAGAUCAAGCUUUUAUAGAUGCCCUACCAGUGUUUCUUUAUAAGGAAAUAAUGGGGUUGAAAGAGCCAUUUGAUUGUGCGGUUUGUCUUUGUGAAUUCUUGGAACAAGACAAGUUGAGAUUACUUCCUAUGUGUAGUCAUGCUUUUCACAUAGAUUGUAUAGACACAUGGUUGAUGUCUAAUUCUACUUGCCCUCUUUGUAGAGGGACCCUUUUCACACCCGGGCUUCCAAUUGAAAACCCAGAUUUUGACUUUGAAUAUCCGAGGGAAGAAAAUAUUUUAUCAAGCAAUGGCGGAUAUGGGGUGUCCCUUGGUCCAAAACCAGCAGAGAAUGACAUUGGAAAGAGGGUGUUUUCUGUAAGACUAGGCAAAUUUAGAAGUUCAAAUGAUGGAAGAGGAGAAGGAGAAAGAGAAGGAGAGGGUGUAUUAAGAGGAGAAGGAGAGACCAGUCGCAGUAAUUUGGGUGCAAGGAGAUGUUACUCGAUGGGGUCAUACCAAUAUGUGGUUGCUGAUUCAGACUUGCAAGUGGCUCUAUGCCCCAGCAGAGGAUGCAAUGGUAGUGCUAGAAUGAAGCUUGUGAAAGGGAGAAGUGGACAAAAUGGGAAUUCAUCAAAUGAUGGGGAUGCAGAGGGAAAGAAAAUCAACAUGAGAAGUAAAGGUGAAAGCUUUUCUGUUUCCAAGAUCUGGCAAUGGUCGUCUAAGAAGGGUAAAUUCCCAAGUUCUUCAGAUCCUAUAGGCUCUUCCUCUGUUACUGUUGGCUUGCCAUGGACUGAUAGUAGAACUCAGGAAAGGCAUGUCAGACUGGCCGAGUAUCCCAAAAAACAUGAAGCGCAGUGCAGAGGAGUGACAUAAGAUGACUGCAAGUGAGGCAAAAGACAAAGUGAUGCAUGAGCAUGACAGGCGUGAGGGAUUUGGUGAGCCAAGAGAUAAUAAUAAUAACUGCUCCAUGAGAGAGAGAGGCACGCAAGUCAAAACUUGUAUGAAUUCAUUAUCGGCUACAGAUGUUGUAUGAUUGACAACAAACGUGCAUGGGCUAUCGAGCUUUGGUGGAAGAAUCCAAGGUUUCUUUUAUGCUAGUUUCCUUUCUUUUUCCUUGUGCAUCUAUUUUGCCGAAUAGACUUCAAGUCUAAGUUAGUGUCCCUCCCUCCUCGCUGAUACCAAAGCACAUGCGCCUCCUGCGCCCGCUCUUGGGAGAUAAAAGAGUAAGACCACCCAACACCCAUGUGCAAUUUCUAUAACAAAUCAAUUGUUCAACUAUUAACAUUUCAGCUUUGGUCUA